AUGUCUGCCAAGCAACGUAACGUCGAGAUGGACGGGAAGAACCUUGUCCCGGUAGGUGUUACGAGACUCGACAAAUAUAAUGUCGACAAAUGCAAGAAGGUCGAAGGACCGGGUUCAAGAACUCACGUUUAUUUCCAGCAUGCUAGUAAUGUUAACGUCGCUCGCGAUUAUAUCACCAAAGCUAUCGAGGACCGUGCAUGA